CCUUGCUAAGCGCCUCUGAGUUCACGUGACCCGUGGGGCUAUUUUGGCAGCUGCAAAAGGACACCCGUGAUGCCUUCUCUGCCAUCUCCUACAUGUGGUGAAGGGAAAAGAGCAGCCAUGCAGCCAGCUCAGGGAUGGGUGUCCUUUGAAGAGGUGGCUGUGCAUUUCUCCCAGGGGGAGUGGGCCCUGCUGCGCCCAACCCAAAGAGCUCUCUACAAGGAGGUCAUGCUGGAGAAUUUUGGCCAUGUGGCCUCUCUGGAGCCUCAGAUUGCUGAACUUGAGCUCAUUUCGUGGCUGGAAGAAGAGAUGUUUCUGAAGUUCUCCGGUGAAGAGACAGGAUCGUCAGCUAGCUGCUCAGGCAGCAGUGGAAAGACACCCUUGAUGCCUUCUCUGGUAUCUCCUCUGCGUGGGGAAGGGAAAACAUCCACCAAGCAGUCUGCUCAGGAUUCAGUGUCCUUUGAAGAGGUGGCUGUGUAUUUCUCCCAGGGGGAGUGGAGCCUGCUGCGCCCAGCCCAGAGAGCUCUCUACAAGGAGGUCAUGCUGGAGAAUUUUGGCCAUGUGGCCUCCCUGGGACUUGAGAUUGCCAAAGCUGACCUCAUAUCCUGGCUGGAAGAAGGGCAAGAGCUGUUUCUCUGUGACUCUGAUGAAGAGAAAGGAGUGGCAGGAAGUGGUAUGUGGGAAUCAGUGAAGGAAAAAAAGGAACAUCCAGUGAUGGAGAAUAGUGAUACAAAUUCCAAUGUGAAUGGGAACGUUGAAUAUUGUGAUACCCUGAGGAAAGAGGAGAUAAAAGAUCCAUCCAUAGGAAGAAAAAAUUCUGGUCUUUUAAAGGGUGGAGACUCUCAUGAAAUUCCAUUCACUCCAAAAAUACACAAAGACGAUAACAGGAAUAAGUGCCUUGCCUGUGAUAAAAACAUUCAUGAAACUACAGACAUUAAUAUACACAACAGAAAAAAAAAACAUAAAUGCCUGACGUGUGGUAAAAGCCAUGGAAAGAAAUCUAGCCCAACAUUCCAUCAACAAAUUUGUGCAUGGGAAAAUCCCUAUAAAUGCCUGGAGUGUGGAAAUAGCUUCAGUGAAAGUGGAAAACUUAAUUUUCACAAAAGAAUUCACACCGGGGAGAAACUGUUCAAAUGCCUGGAAUGUGAAAAAAGCUUUGUGUGGAAAGAUUCCAUUAUUACCCACCAAAGAAUUUGCACAGGGGAAAAGAAAUAUAAAUGCCUAGAGUGUGGAAAAAGUUUCAGUCAAAGUGGAAACCUUAUUUCCCAUCAAAGAAUUCACAGUGGAGAGAAGAAAUACAAAUGUCUGGAAUGUGGAAAAAGCUUCUGUUGGCAGUGCAGCCUUACUUCCCAUCAAAGAAUUCAUACAGGGGAAAAGAAAUACAAAUGUCAGGAGUGUGGGAAAAGCUUCCGUUACAGUUCACAUCUUACUUCUCAUCAGAGAAUUCACACAGGGGAGAAACCAUAUGAAUGCCUGGAGUGUGGAAAAAACUUUAGACGGUGGCAUCACUUUACUUCCCAUCAACGAAUUCACACAGGGGAGAAACCAUAUAAAUGCCUGCAGUGUGGAAAGAGCUUUAGUCAGAAUGGAAGCCUUACUUCCCAUCAAAGAAUUCACACAGAAGAGAAACAAUAUAAAUGUCUGGAAUGUGGAAAAAGCUUCCGUUGGAAGAGCAGCCUUACUUACCAUCAAAGAAUUCACACAGGAGAGAAACCACAUGAAUGCCUGGAGUGUGGAAAAAGCUUCAGUCGGAUGCAUUAUCUUACUUACCAUCAAAGAAUUCACACGGGGGAAAAGAAAUUUAAAUGUCUGGAGUGUGGAAAAAGCUUCCGUUACAGUUCAAGCCUUACUUCCCAUCAACGAAUUCACACAGGGGAGAAACCAUACAAAUGCCUAGUGUGCAAAAAAUGCUUUGGUGAUAGCGGAAGCCUUAAAAAACAUCAAAGAAUUCACACAGGGGAACAACCAUUUAAGUGCCUGGACUGUGGGAAAUGUUUCCGUUACAGUGUAAAUCUUACUUGUCAUCAAAGAAUUCACACAGGAGAGAAACCAUAUGAAUGCCUGGAGUGUGGGAAAAGCUUCCGUUAUAGGCAUCACUUUACUUCCCAUCAACGAAUUCACACAGGGCAGAGAAAAGAAGGCGGCCUUUGGCUUGCCCGCGGCAGCGUCUGCUCCGUCGCGGAGGUGGCUUUGCAGCGCGAGGAGGAGAAGAAGGCGGACCCUGGGCGCUGGAGGCGGCAAGGAAAGGCAGAGGCGAAGACAGGGAGUAUUCAUACAGGCGAGAAACCAUUUCAAUGCCUGGAGUGUGGAAAAAGCUUCUCUUAUAGCUCAAACCUUACUUCCCAUCAAAACAUCAACACAGGAGAGAAACCAUAUAAAUGCCUGGAGUAUGGAAAAAGCUUCAGUCAGAGUGGAAGCCUUAAAAAACAUCAAAGAAUUCAUACAGGGGAGAAACCCUAUAAAUGCUGGGAGUGUGGAAAAAGCUUCAGUGAGAGUGGACACUUUAUUUCCCAUCAAAGCAUUCACACAGGGAAGAAACCAUUUCAAUGCCUGGAAUGUGGAAAAAGCUUCAGUCACAAUGGAAGUCUUAAAAUUCAUCAAAGAAUUCAUACAGGCGAGAAACCACAUAAAUGCCUGGAAUGUGGAAAGACCUUCACUAAGUGUGGAAGUCUUACUUCCCAUCAAAGAAUUCACACAGCAGAAAAGCCAUAUAAAUGCCUGGAGUGUGGAAAAAGUUUCAGUCAGAGUGGAAGCCUUAAAAAACAUCAAAUAAUUCAUACCGGGGAGAAAGCCUAUAAAUGCCGGGAGUGUGGAAAAUGCUUCCAUUAUAGUUCAACCCUUACUUCCCAUCAAAACAUUCACACAGGGAAGAAACCAUAUAAAUGCCUGGAGUGUGAAAAAAGCUUCAGUCUGAGCGGAAGCCUUAAAAAACAUCAAAUAAUUCAUACAGGGGAGAAACCCUAUAAAUGCCGGGAGUGUGGAAAAAGCUUCAGCGAGAGAGGACACUUUGCUUCCCAUCAAAGCAUUCACACAGGGAAGAAACCAUUUCAAUGCCUGGAGUGUGGAAAAAGCUUCAGUCGCAGUGGAAGCCUUAAAAUACAUCAAAGAAUUCAUAUAGGUGAGAAACCACAUAAAUGCCUGGAAUGUGGAAAGACCUUCACUAAGUGUGGAAGUCUUACUUCCCAUCAAAGAAUUCACACAGCGGAAAAGCCAUAUAAAUGCCUGGAGUGUGGAAAAAGCUUCAAUCACAGUGGAAACCGUAAAGUACAUCAAAGAAUUCAUACAGGGGAGAAACCCUAUAAGUGCUGGGAGUGUGGGAAAAGCUUCAGUGAGAGUGGAAACCUUAAAAAACAUCAACGAAUUCACACAAGGGAGAAACGAUAUAAAUGCCUGGAGUAUGGAAAAAGCUUCAGUCAGAGUGGAAGCCUUAAAAAACAUCAAAGAAUUCAUACAGGGGAGAAACCCUAUAAGUGCUGGGAGUGUGGGAAAAGC